AUGAAGCCAAGGCUACCAAAUCCUCGAAUCCUUGAGUUCCUAGGGUACCUCAUUGACGGCUCAGGGAUUCACCCCACAAACAAAAAAAUUAAAGCCAUUCAGGAGGCUCCCACACCACGAAACCAGACCGAGCUCCAAGCGUUCCUCGGACUGUUUAAUUUCUACAUUGUUUUCCUAGACCUGGUUGCUGAACCAUUGCAUUGGCUCCUGGGGAAGGCGGCUACAUGGAAAUGGGAAAAAUUCAAGGAUGCCACAUUUGCAGCGGUCAAGAAACUCAUCUCAGUGUCCAUAGGCUGGCUGAUCGUUCUCACUCCAGACUCUGUUGCUCUUGCUUCAGCCGGCGUCUGUAAAGAUACUGACAACACUCCACCUCAAAAUUUCCUCCUUGUGAGCCUCUGGUGUCAUCUCUGGAAGAUCGAAGACCGUGCCUUCAUGGGACUCAACAGCCUUUCGGUCUUGAUCCUGACCGGCAAUCCCCUCCAGAUCCUGGGACCAAGGGCUUUCCACAGUUUACCUUCUUUGCAAAGAUUUGUUGCUGUCGAAACCAACUUGUUCUCCUUGGCCAUGUUGCCCAUCGGGCACCUGACUUCUCUCGAAGAGUUGAAUUUGAGCCACAACCACAUCGGUUCCUUGAAGCUCCCCGGUUAUUUCUCCAACCUCGUCUCCCUCCGGCACCUGAGCUUCCAACUGAACGAGAUCUCCUCCAUCUCGGUCGGAGAUCUGGACCCUUUAGCAAGCCGUGACGUGAUGUUGGUGCUGUCGAGGAACGAUCUAAAGCAUAUUGAGCGGGGCGCCCUGGCGGGAAUCCGCCUUCGGCAACUGGUUUUGAGAGGCUGCUUUGAGGAUAGAGCCGUGAUGCAAAGCAGCCUCCAGAACAUGUCCGGUUUGCACAUCGACAGCUUAUUGUUAGGAGAAUACAGAGAUAUCGACAAAGUGGACUUCAUGGACAGAACUCUUUUAGAUGUCCUGUGUGACUUACAUUUACAGGAGCUCACUGUUAUUGAAAUGUACGCUCUAGGCUCUGGAAGCACCUGCUCGCCUUGCCUCAACAAUAUUUCCAUGGUGCGGGUGGUCCAUACUAAUGUCCGCGAACCUUUUGAGUUUCCAAGCAACUCCAAUAUUUCCCAACUUGAGUUCAAGAACUGCGCACUGGAUGCAGUGCCUGCUACAAUCCUUUCUGCCUUAUCGAAGCUGAGAGUGCUUCGCAUCACUCACACAAAAUAUCUCAGGGACUUUGAGACGUAUUUUAAGGGCCUCCAACAUUUGGAGACCUUGGACCUCAGCGUUAACAGGCUGGUCACUCACCUGUCCUGGGUCGGACUCCUGGAAGGGGCCCCCAACCUGAAGCACCUCAACCUCAGCUUCAACACGGAGAUCAGGUUAAAUAUUGAAUGCAGCGGCCCAGGCAAGCUGGAAUAUUUGGAUUUGCAGCACACCGCCCUUGCCACGCCUGGGACCGUUCCUUCGUUUUUCUGUCUCCACCGUCUGAUUUAUCUUGAUAUUUCUUACACGGACACCGCGGUUAUAGCGCAGGGUUCGUUCCACGGCUUGCACAGCCUGCAGGUGCUCAAAAUGGCAGGCAACAGCUUUGCCAACAAUCAGUUGGUUGACAAUUUCCGGAAUCUCACCAAGCUGCACUUUUUAGACAUUUCCAAUUGCCAACUCAGCCAUAUCUCUCUCAGUAGUUUAACCUCCCUCCGUGAACUCCGGCUGUUGAACGUCAGCCAUAAUAAACUGCUGGGUCUCCACCCAGAGACCUACCUGCACAUCCCUCUUCUCACCACCCUGGAUUUUCACAACAACCAGUUGUCUGCUUUGACGGAGGAGGAUCUGAAGAACUUACCUGCCGGCCUGAAAUAUCUGGACCUCUCUGAGAAUCUUUUUGAUUGCUCUUGCAAUCACGCGGGUUUCUUGCGGUGGGCAAAAAACUCCUCCGCCCUCCUUCAGAAUGUCCAACACAUGCUCUGCUAUAGCCCCCCGGAGUUAAAAAAUGUGCGAGUGAUGGAUUUCGUCUUGGCGUCCUGCGGGAUCAGCAUAACCACGGUGGCUGUUUCCGUGACCGUCGUCCUGGUCCUGAUCGUCAUCGCGAUUCUGUGUUAUAAAUACUAUUUCUACCUCUACUACGGCAUGGUGCUCUUCCUCAGGAACAGGUCCUCGGAUGAGAAGGAGACCAUCUACGAUGCAUUUGUGAUCUUCUCCAGUAAGGACCAGGAAUGGGUGAAACAAGAACUGCAGCAACCUCUGGAAGAGGAAUUGCCCUACUUCCGCCUGUGCCUUUUCUACCGGGAUUUCAUCCCUGGCGUUUCCAUCAUCACCAACAUCAUCAAAGAAGGCUUCCAGAGCAGCCGAAAAGUCAUUGCCGUGGUCUCCGAUGACUUCCUAGAAAGCCGUUGGUGUAACUUCGAACUGGAGGUGGCCCAGUCUUGGCAACUUGUGGAAAGCAAAGCCAGCAUCAUCUUCGUAGUCUUAGAAGGGGUGGACAAAGCAGCGCUAAACCGCAAACUGGGCCUGUUCCGUUAUCUACGGAGGAACACCUUCUUGAACUGGAAGGACCGGGACCUUAGCCGCCAUGUCUUCUUAAGGCAGUUGAGGUCGGCCUUGCUUGAAGGCAAAACAUGGACUGAAGAUGAACUCAAGCUAAUGUUGAAAAGUGGGUGA